CCCGCACCGGACAAACUGUCCCCACUGCCAAUGAAAAUGGUGAGAUCAGAGAAUGCGCAGUGCAGCUUACGUCACACGGCUUCUUUCAGUUACAAUAUUUACACAAUAGCUCACUAACAAACAAUAGUUUUCAUCAUCAAAUAAGAUAAUUACUCAAUAGUGACCUUUAUAUUAUUCAACUAUUAAGGUGAAGGAAAAUACCAAUGUAUUUCUUUCAGAAAGAAGAAUACUAAACACUUAGUUGUUCACCAAUGUAGGUUUGAGUAAACAGUAAUUUACUUUUAAUAUACUUGUAUCUUAUUUUGAACUAUGUAAAAUUAACCUUAACAAAUAGUAACUACCAUAACCUCAGUUUAUCACUGGGCUACAAUUAGAAAAAUGUUGAAUUCGAUAAGCGUAUAAAGGCAGUGAAUAAAAAAAUAAUUGUACCAGAAAUCCAACAUAAAAACUCCAAUGAAGAAAAACAGAAACUUUUUCGGCCGGUUUCAAUAACUGGACCGGAUCUGUGCAGCUCGGUUCCGCCCCUGUUCUCUUUCACGUCCGCAGUUCCCACAUAUAGGCGCCGUUUCCUCCUUCUGAGCUACAUUGUCGCUUCAGGCUUUUCUUGAACGAUACCAACAUGAGCGGAAGAGGAAAAGGAGGCAAAGGUCUCGGUAAAGGAGGCGCCAAGCGGCACCGUAAAGUUCUCCGCGAUAACAUCCAGGGAAUCACCAAGCCCGCUAUCCGCCGUCUGGCUCGCCGCGGGGGAGUCAAGCGGAUCUCCGGUCUCAUCUACGAGGAGACCCGCGGUGUGCUCAAGGUCUUCCUGGAGAACGUCAUCCGUGACGCCGUCACGUACACCGAGCACGCCAAGAGGAAGACCGUCACCGCCAUGGACGUGGUGUACGCUCUGAAGAGGCAGGGCCGCACUCUGUACGGCUUCGGGGGUCAGCACCGCCUGGAUGUUGGGCAGCACUCCACCCUGAGCGAUGGUGACUCCACCCAGCAGCUUGUUGAGCUCCUCGUCGUUGCGGACGGCCAGCUGCAGGUGACGGGGGAUGAUGCGGGUCUUCUUGUUGUCGCGGGCGGCGUUCCCAGCCAGCUCCAGGAUCUCAGCGGUCAGAUACUCGAGCACAGCGGCCAGGUAGACGGGGGCUCCGGCACCGACCCGCUCUCCGUAGUUGCCCUUGCGCAGCAGCCUGUGAACGCGGCCCACCGGGAACUGGAGUCCGGCUCUGGAGGAGCGGACUCAAGAAAAUGUGACCAGCAGCGGCUGAAAGCUGCUUUAUAUGUCCGCGGAGAGGAGCGGGACGAUGCUGGCGACCAACCAGAAAAGCUCCCAGCAGAGCGGGACGGAGAGGCGGACUUUUUGAACGCAGCUUCCUCCAAUGAGCGGCGGACAUUAAGCCGGGAGCGGAGCCUCGGCGGUUCGCCACAUUUCUCUCCUGAUCCCGAGCAGAGAAGCAGAAUCAUGGCCAGAACCAAGCAGACCGCCCGUAAAUCCACCGGAGGCAAAGCCCCCAGGAAGCAGCUGGCCACCAAGGCAGCCAGGAAGAGCGCUCCGGCUACCGGCGGCGUGAAGAAGCCUCACCGCUACAGGCCCGGUACCGUGGCUCUGAGGGAGAUCCGUCGCUACCAGAAGUCGACGGAGCUGCUGAUCCGCAAGCUGCCCUUCCAGCGUCUGGUCCGAGAGAUCGCUCAGGACUUCAAGACCGACCUGCGCUUCCAGAGCUCCGCCGUCAUGGCUCUGCAGGAGGCCAGCGAGGCCUACCUGGUGGGUCUGUUCGAGGACACCAACCUGUGCGCCAUCCACGCCAAGAGGGUCACCAUCAUGCCCAAAGACAUCCAGCUGGCCCGCCGCAUCCGCGGAGAGAGAGCUUAGAGGCUGCAGCUCCAACAAACACACAACGGCUCUUUUAAGAGCCACACACACCCAGUUUAACAGCUCUUCCUGUUGCGUCUUAAACUUUCCUGCUUUAUACAGACAAAUCUGGAGAAUUUUUUUUUUCUGUUCAUACAGAUCUACAAGUUUACUUUUGUCCUAAAUGAAAUAAGCUGU